AGCGCCAGGAUGGUGGCCGGCGCCUUCCCGAUCGCCAAGUUGCUCUACCUGGGCGUCCGGCAGCUCUCGAAGCCCCUGGCGGCGCGCAUCAAGGACGGGGCGCGCGCCAGCCCCUUCUUCCGCCAGUAUGUCUGCGGCCCCCCCGCGCAGAUCUACCACUGGGUGGAGAUGCGGGCCAAGAUGCGGAUCAUGGGCUUCCGGGGCGCCGCCAUCAAGCCCCUGAACGAGGAGGCGGCUGCAGAACUGGGCGCCGAGCUGCUGGGCGAGGCCAUCGUCUUUGGGGUGGGGGGGCUGUGCAUCUUCCUGGAAUACUCGCGCCAGACCACCAACACCAAGAAGAAGGAGGAGGAGCUGGACAGCACCUUGCUGGGCCUGCAGGAGCAGGUGAUGGAGCUCAGCUUGACUGUGGAGACCUUGGACGCCCGGCUGCGGGAGAUGAACCGGGUGCUGGUGGAGGUCUCCACCGCCCCCAAGAAGUAGCAGCCUGCCGCCCCUCAGGACGGCGAGGGUGGGGCACUUCCUGGGUGGUCUCCCAGGCUGGAUCCAGACCGCCAGGGGGAGCGGUCGGCGUUCCUUCACAGGCAGGUUAGGAUUUGGGGUGCUGGGAUGUGCACCCCAACCGAGUGGCUUGGCGUUUUCCUAGAAUGUAAAUAUUGGAUCGAUUAAAAAA